UUCGCCAAUAUUUGAUAUAGUUUCAAUCCAAAAGAAGAGAAACUAUUUGUAAAAUAGUAUUUGGUGAAUAUUCUUGGUAAUUUAGUAAUCCUAACCUAAAAGUGUGGAAGACUCGCUAAUCUCACUACAUUUUUGUUUGGUGAAUAUGACAAAAAGUGCAUAAAAUUCCCGGAAUAUUCUGCGGAAGUCCAAGAUGCCGCAGAAUGAGUAUAUGGAGCGGCAUGCCAAGCUGCAUGGCCGUCGACUGGAUUAUGAGGAGAGGAAGCGGAAGAGGGAGGCUCGAGAGCCGAAGAAGCGUGCCAAGAAGGCGAAAAUGCUGCGUGGCAUCAAGGCUAAGCUGUUCAAUCAGGAGAGGCGCAACGAGAAGAUUCAGAUGAAGAAGAAGAUCCAGGCGCACGAGGAGAAGCGCGUGAAGAAGAGUGCAGAACAGGAGAAGGAUGGAGCGCAUCCGCAGUACUUGCUGGAUCGUGGGAUGCAAUCCAGCGCUAAGGUGUUGUCCAACAUGAUCAAGCAGAAGCGGAAGGAGAAGGCGGGCAAGUGGGAUGUACCGAUACCAAAAGUGCGCGCUCAGAGCGACGCGGAAGUCUUCAAAGUGCUGAAAUCCGGCAAGACGAAGAGGAAAGCGUGGAAGCGAAUGGUGACUAAAGUGACUUUCGUCGGGGAGGAUUUCACACGAAAGCCACCAAAGUUCGAGAGAUUCAUUCGGCCGAUGGCACUGAGAUUCAAGAAAGCUCACGUGACACAUCCCGAAUUGAAAGCCACAUUCUGCCUGCCCAUUAUUGGCGUAAAGAAGAACCCGAGUUCGCCGAUGUACACAACCCUUGGUGUGAUCACGAAGGGAACGGUGAUUGAAGUGAACAUCUCAGAAUUGGGUCUUGUGACGCAAUCGGGAAAGGUUGUGUGGGGAAAGUACGCGCAAGUGACCAACAAUCCGGAGAAUGAUGGAUGCAUUAAUGCCGUACUUCUAGUUUAGAUCUCUCGUUCCGCCUCUUUUGUAUUUAAGAACAAUAAAAAAAUGAAAACUAA